AGAAGUCAACUGCAACUACCAGGAUGCCGAUCUUACUCAGUUUUUAUUUUCUGGUGGUUUUGUUAUUUGUCGAUGGCGCUGAAAAAGAUGAUAUUAAAGACGCAAAUGUCAAUCGUAGAGAAAUAUACGACGACAAAACUGAUAGUUGGGGAUUUGUAGAAGAUUUGAAAGAUCAUAAGCGAGAAUCUUUAGACAUUGACACGACAGUUGACGAUUUAAUGCAUUCAUUACAAGGGAUAUGCCUUUUCGAUAAACCUAAACAAUCAGCAACGCAAUUGUUAAUAGACACCCAAUCCAUACUGAAAAAUAUUGACGUGUACAAAGAUAUAGUUAAACUUAACAUACAACUAAGAAAUAAGUUGAAAUGGAUAGUUGAAGGUAGCAAAGGUACGAUAGAAAUUUCGAGAGUUAUAAGAAUGUUGAAAAAUGACGUUCAGGGUAUUUGUAAGCCUUUAGAGAAACUUCGCGACUGUGCUGAGUUGAAAAAGAAACACAAGAAGAGCGGUGUGUACAUUAUAUACCCAGACGGUUCUACAGCUAUGACAGUCUAUUGUAACAUGGAUGAAUUCGAUGAGGGUUGGACGGUAUUACAAAGAAGACAGGAUAAAACUGAUUUCUACAGAACAUGGGCCGAGUACAAAAAAGGAUUUGGCAAUGUCGAAAACAGUUUCUGGCUAGGAAAUGACAACAUACAUGUUUUGACCAAAAGUGGGAGAUAUGAGUUACGGAUAGAUUUAAGUGACUGGACAGGGAACAAAUGGUACGCCAUCUACAAGACGUUCUCGGUAGGAAAUGAAAAUACAAAGUAUAAACUUAAUGUCGGAGGGUACAGUGGAAAUGCAAAUGAUGGUAUGGCGUUUCAUAACGGAAUGAAGUUUUCAACCAAGGAUCAAGAUAAUGAGAAGAAAUCAAGAGACUGUGCAAAGUUAGCUAAAGGAGGAUGGUGGUAUGCAGACUGUCAUGAAGUUAACUUGAAUGGGAUAUAUAAGGCAGGACUAACAAGUAAAUGGGAUGUUGUCAGUUGGACUAAGUUAAAGAAAGAGACCUAUUCUAUGAAGUUUGCCCGUAUGAUGAUCAGAAGGUUUUGAAAUCCCCUUUGAGUGUUGCAAAGUGUAUGGGAACUAGUUCAGACAUUUAGA